AUGAAUCCAUUCGCCACACACCUACCUGCACUCCCUAUGGCUUCUCGACUCAUACAUACUCUACACAUUCUUGCAAUAUUUGCUGCUACCGUCUACGCACAGACGCAGACAUUCUUCCCCGGUUCAGUGCCGCUAGCGGCAAAGUCGACCUAUCUGAAUGCAUACGUCGGCAUAUCCAACCAAUCCAACUUCGCAAGAACAUGGCCCGUCUUCUCUAGCAAUCCGCAACAAGUGGUGGGAUGGUCUGGGCAAAUACGGAUUGAUGGUUCGAAUAGCACCUACGGCUGGCUUGGCAUGAUUGGCACGAAUCCAGUCACCGUCCUGGACCUCACGGUGACACCUACGCGCACGGUGUGGUCUUUGCGUGCGGGGACGGUCGACCUUGUUAUCACUUUCUUAAGUCCGAUAGAGCCGAAUGACUUUGUCCGACAAUCCAUUCCGUUUACAUACAUGACCUUUGAGUGCUCAUCGAACGACGGUAAUGCACAUGAGGUGCAGAUAUAUACCGACUUGACCGGAGAAUGGGUUGGCGGUGACCGUUCGCAGACUAUCAAAUGGUCAACAACCGUCGACUCUGACAAGGGCAACGCCUAUCACACUUCUUCCUUGUCCAAUCCACUUCUGUUUACCGAGUUCGACGGGCAGGCUAGCUGGGGCAGCAUCUAUUACGCGACAAAGACGGGCGAUGGGUUCACCUACCGGACGGGCUUUGCGGAUGACUGUCGCAAUCUCUUUGCCAACAAAGGCGUUCUCGAUAACAACCAGGACACCAACUUCCGCGUCAUCACCCAAGAUUUCCCCGUGUUCAGCUUCGCGUUCGACCUCGGCAGCAUCAAGGCAACGUCGCAACCGAAAGUGUUUACUGCCGGCUUUGUGCGCGACCCCGCCAUCAAGUAUACCGAUCUCAGUGGGACCUCCUCGCAACGGAGCUUGUUUUACAACAAGAAGUAUACUGACAUCGAUUCUUUGAUCGACUUUGUCUUGACUGAUUACUCCGGCGCACUCUCUCGCGCGACCAAUCUGGAUUCUGGUUUAAGUGACGCCGCGCACAAGGUGAUCUCGAGUGACACGCUCUCCGACAUCGUUAGCUUGACGACACGCAACAUUUUUGGAUCAACGGAGUUGACCAUCGGCGUCGGCUCUGACGGGAAGUUGAACGAUUCGGACGUGAUGAUGUUCAUGCGGAAUACCAACGGCGACCAAGCGGGCCGCGUCAAUCCUGUUGAACAACUGUACAGCGCAUGGCCGGCGAUCAUGACUAUCGAUCCCACUCUCGGCGCACCGCUUCUCGAGCCUCUGAUGCGUUUCCAGCAAAGUUCGGCGUACGUGAUCCAGUUUGCUGCCCCAGAUCUUGGCACCUCGUAUCCCAAUGCGACCGCGGCAAACAACGCACAUCGUCAGGGCGUUGAGAUGACGUCCAACAUGAUUCUCAUGGCGUGGGCUCAUGCCAAGUUCUCGGGCAAUGGGCAGGUCAUUGGCCAGUACUACAAUACCUUCAAAAACUGGGCUAAAUAUCUGACCGACAACGCUCUGUACUCCACCAAUCAACUCAACGCCGAUGGAAACGCUUCGGACAACUCAACUAAUCUCGCGAUCAAGGGAAUCCUGGCUAUUGCAGCAAUGGAACAAAUCAGUAGCGCUGUGGGUGUCAACGCCGACAAGACUAUGUUCAGCAACGCCACGCAAACGUUGUAUUCGCAGUGGAAGGGACUCGCCCUCGGUUCUGGUAACAAGAUGGAGCAGUCCUAUGGCAAGCCCUCGACCUGGACCAUCGGCUACGGGUUGUUCGCCGACAAGUGGUUAGACCUGGGCUUGAUCGACUCCGUGAUCUAUAGCGGCCAGACCAGUGAACUGCAGUCGAUUCUCAGCCAACAGGCCGCCGUGACCAAGUUCGGAAUUCCUUCCACACUUGCAGGGAACGUAGAUUCCAACUACAACAUGAUGGCGGCGUCAUACGUAUCAGACUCCAGCGUCCAAAGUGAUAUCAUCGCUCGGGUCUUCGCUCGCGCAAACUUGACCGCCUCGAACGAUAUGAUCCCGCAAGUGUACAACUCGUCUACCGGUGCCACCACGCAGGGUCAGUUCAACCCUGCAAUCGGUGCGGCCUUCGGUCCGAUGGCACUCUCACUGCAAGCUGCGAGCUCGAUCACCAUUCCUCCAGGGUCUGGUCAGGAUUCAUCGUCGUCGUCGUCCAGCUCGAUCGCUGGUCCUGUGGCUGGCGGUGUCGUCGGCGGUCUGGCGGCGCUCGCAGCGAUCAUCGGUGCCGUAUGGUUCUUCCGCCGGCGCCGCCGUGGCGAUAACCGCCGACGCGUCGAUCUAAUGCUUGAGGAUCGCGACAACGGGGAGGACACUGAGCAAGCUUACAAAGAUCACCCUGGCCUCCAGGCGACGCCUUUCCCCUACACUGGGACAUCGCGUAUUGGCUCGAUGUCGGCGCGCCGCGACAGCAUCCAUUCCAUUGAUAGUUCGACGCCUGCGCUAUCACGCCAGCCACCUGAAAGCUCGUACGGACAAGGCAGUUCGUCCGGUCGCGGCGGUCCCGAAUCAUACAGCGACGACGCAAGCAGAACAACGGGUCCUCUUGGCUUGCGUAACCCUCAUCCUCGCGAGAACCCCGCGAUGCGCGCCAUGAAUGUCGGCCCUGAGGAGGAUAUCGAAGCCGCAGCGAGCGCGGCCGGCGCGACAGCGUCAGAAGCGAAGCUGAUCGCCGAGCGUAGACGAAACGCUGCCAAUCCCGCCACGCCCGCAUUCUCUAUGACGCACACACGAGGUGCAUCUAGCGAUGGCGCGGGGACGUCAACGGGACGCGGCAGUGGGGAUGUACAACUGGCGCAGGCGCUUCGAGAGGAAGUACUGAGCUUGCGGCGGGAGAUGGAGGAGAUCAAGAUGAACAGCAUCGAGCCUCCUCCGAGCUAUGCUGCGUGA